AUGCUGACGACGUUUCGGCUCUUGUGUCGAGCAGAGCCGAGAUUGACGAAGUCAGCAAAAGAAAUAAGUGGGUAUGAGAUGGUGACGGGGCCAGGAUCAACCGUGAUAAGUCUGUGGGCUUGCGGUUGGGUGCGUGGAAGGAGUUUCUCUUCCCGGACCUUUCCUCUGGACGGAUGGGCCGAUCAAGAUACUCGGCGUCUGGAGACUUUCCUGAAGGGAAGGGCGGAAGUAUGUGUUUCACACAUCUAUCCGAUCCUCCUCUACCGACUCUCUGUGCUUCCACUCCCGUAUGCCCGACUAAUGCAAUUAGUCAGGACCUUGUUCUCUUUCUUGUGGAGAGGCAAGGCCCCUAUGGUAUCUCGCGAGGUCUGUUGCCUCCAUCCCUCUGAGGGCGGUCUGGGGAUGCCUAGCAUUGAGAUCCGUCAAUAUAUGCUUCGCAUUACCUUUUUAGACCGAAUGUGUCGUGGGUCGAAUGAGGAGGGUGCCUUUUUGGAAAGAAGACGUCCAGAAACAUUUUCCAUCCCUGAAAAGUGUGCACUCGUGCGAACAAGAGGCCGGCCGUUUACCACGUGCCGAGUGCUCUUUUUUAUCGUGAAUGUCGUCGCGCUCUGA